AUGCAUGUAUAUAUUCCAUCACCCCCCGCAUCGCCCAUUCCGGGCAUUUUGGCGAUUGUAGACGCUGAUGAAGAUGCGGAGGAAGUCGUGGAUGAAUUUGUAGACCUUCGCGAAGUCUCCGAUCGGGAAGAGGGUGAGGGUGACAGUGACAGUGACAGUGACAGUGACAGUGACAGUGACAGUGACAGUGACAGUGACAGUGACAGUGACAGUGACAGUGACAGUGACAGUGACAGUGACAGUGACAGUGACAGUGACAGUGACAGUGACAGUGACAGUGACAGUGACAGUGACAGUGACAGUGACAGUGACAGUGACAGUGACAGUGACAGUGACAGUGACAGUGACAGUGACAGUGACAGUGACAGUGACAGUGACAGUGACAGUGGCAGUGGCAGUGGCAGUGGCAGUGGCAGCGGCAGUGGCAGUGGCAGUGACAGUGACGAUUCCAGCGGGGAUGAUGAGUCAGAAUUUAAUCCCCGCGAGGUCCUCCAACCCCUUGCGGUCCCCAAUAUGAACUACAUGGAGGUAUCAGACUUUGAGGAAGAGGAGGAGGAAAAAGAUAAUGACUCCUCCGAGGAGGGAGAGGAGUGA